AUGAAUCGAGAAAAUUCGAUCCCCCAAGCGGCCUUCGCCCUUCCGUCUGGUCGCCAAACAAUUCCUCGUGAUCAACGACCCGGCCGAGUAUUCUCCACAUCGGGCAGUGGAUGUCACUACGGCUUCAUGAACUGCGAAACUCAAGAGGAAACCUGCUCCUUGAUGGGAAUCUACAAGGGCCUCCUGCUCAAACCCAGCCCACUUGACCUCCACGAAGCAUGUAUCACAGAUAAGAUAUUCGAGUUCGCGGAGGGUUAUCAUGAGAUGGACGCGUCGCACAGGCGCUUGAUGGGGAACUUUUAA